UUUUCACUAGAUAAUGGGUGGAAUGAACUUGAUCACGUUAGAGUCCAACCACCUACUAACUUAGGCCUCGAAGAAAGACCUCGUAUACUUAGUAUAGAAAAAAAUAACAAUUCAUUAAGAAUAAUCGUGGGUCAGGAUGUAUUACAAAAAUGUGCAGACUUAGUUCUGCAAAAGUAUUCUAACUAUCUUAGGGAUUGGAAUAUCGAAGAAAAUGAUUUGCGAAACUUUGUAUAUUUUAACCGGAAAGCUCCACUAGAAUGUCCACUCUGCAAACGCAUACAUGACAAGGAUCAGCGGUGGUUUGGUCAUAUAUCUACUAGUGGUACAUUCAUUGUGAAAUGUUUUCGGCAAAAUAGUGAUGAACCUGGGAAAGUUUUUGAAUGUGACCCAUCUAUUGCAGAAAAAAUUCGACGAGAAAAUAAAAAUUCUCCGCAAUCAUCUCACAAGGUCAAGGUUCCAGGUUUCCCUAAAGCUUUCUUAAAUUUCCCAUCUUGG